CGGUAUGACGUAGCUCAGGUCGUUCUGUUUUAUGAAAAUAAAAUGAAGUGGCAACUCUCUAUAGUCGUAUACACUCUGGCAGUUUGUAUAAAGGCUGACUUAAGGGGGCUAAUUAGAUAGAAAUUAAUUUGAAAGUAAUUGAAUCUAAGAAAAUAAAUGAGAAAUCAAUAGUACAGUGUGACCGUUUAAAAUUGAAUGAGAAAUUCUAAUUCUCACGUAACUAUGCGCACAAGAGGCAUAACUCUUGAGUUUAUCUUAUCAGCAGUUAGAGCCAUUAAAAUUACUCUAAGCAUUUAUACAGCAUCUGCUACGUAUACUGGAUACUCGAUAUCACGCACGGAGUCGGAAUCAAUGAAGACCAUUUGUCGGAAGAAGCGUCGCGGCGCAUUAAUCGAACUCAGGCCAAUUGAUUUACUCGAUCGAUCGAAAUGCGAACCAGCAGAACGAGAUCCUAGAGAAGAAAUUCGAGGUAUUCCUUUAAGUGAGUGCGAUCUUGGCCGCCAUCUACCGAACGAUCGAAAGAUCGAGGAACUUGAAGGAUCGUUCAGUCAACUGCGAAUCUCGAAUUUGACGAUGCAAAUCCAAACGCACAGUAAUAUAUACUAUAAUUGUCAGAUAUACCUAUGGGCAUCCCGUGUAACCAGCCAGCCAGCCAGCCAGCCAGUCAGUCAGGCAUUCAGGCAUUUAGUAAGUCAGUCAGUCAGCCAGUCAGCCAGUCAGCCAGUCAACAAGGCAGGAUCUCGCGAGAGUGCCCGAUCUAUAAUUAAGAUCGCUCGGUGAUCUGUGGCUUGACUGGAGACAGCGAACGACGACCACUGGAUCCUGUAACGUCGCGCGUGUGGUCUCCUCCCUGAGUCCGACGUCUUGGAUCGUGUUACGCAGCCUUUACCACCGAGGACGUUCAUUUUUACUUAUCCUUUUAUUACUUUAUUAUUUAUUAUUUUUAUAUCAAGCAUUAGUCGAUUCUACUCGUCUAAUCGUCUAUAAAUAUAUAGAGUUUAUAUAGAAGUCAGUUAGAUCCCGAAGUAUAAAAGAUUUUCCUAGUAAGAACCGGCGCGAUCUUUAUACACUCUUUAAGCUUACUAUUAUUUAACGUUUCUCUUUAGUUUGA